ACCACGUGCGGGAGCGAAACCACCUGAACAUCCGCGGUGCGCAUUUCUGGCGCAUGCACAUCGCUGAUUUGACGUGCGGUGGUGCGUGCGUGCGUGCGUGUGUGCGUGCGCGCGCGCUCCUCUGACCGUCCUUCGUAUCCAACAUGACGUGCAUGCGGUCUGUCGCGCACUGAAUUCAGCAGCGUGCGGGCGGUGGCCACGUCAGGCGUGUCGCGCAGCUGUGCAGUUAUAACAGCCGGUACGAAGUCCCAUGAGUCGACUCGGCCUUCGCGCCCCUGCAGGCCACUUUUUGAAGGACGACAGCAUGCGAAUAUCCAAGGUGUUCACGGUGGCGCUGCGCAAGGCUUCGGGCGGCGGCCUGGGCCUCGGCAUACUGAAGGAUUGUGGCGGUUCCGCUGAGACUGGCUCUGUGCGGGUCCACGAACUUUACCCAGGACAGCCGGCGCAGCUCUGCGGUCGCCUCCGAACGGGCGACGUCAUCCUCAAAGUCAAUGGUGUCCGCCUGCUCGGCAAGAGCACUGCGCAAGCUUUAGAGAUACUGAGGGCUGCUUCCGGCUUGGUGACUCUUACCGUCUACAGACAGCAGUCCGAGCAAAAUAGUGACUUGUCGGCAAGCCGGGACCAGUUUAACCACUGCAGCCGGGCGGUCGACUCCGACAUCGCGCCGAAAAAUGGAGGCUACGAUCCUCCGUGCACGACUAGGAUUCCGCGACCUUCCUCGUCCUCGCACGACUCGAGCGAACUGAGCGACUCGACCCCACUGCCGCGGAAAUCGUCGCCUCUCGACGCGAAGCAGCAGCCCCUCUGUCCGCUGCCCAGGCCUAGACUGCGUAAUAAGGGCCAGACCGAGCCCCAAGACGUCACUGCGGCGCGUGACCUGGCGGGACACUGUGACUUCGACGUGGUGACCGACGGAAGUGUGUUUGGUGACUUGUACAACGGCACCCGUCGCGAGGAAAAGCCGUCGCGCGACGAUGCCGACGAGCCUGCGGUGGGUGCUGCUCACUGUCGACGCCACAAGUCCGUGGGCGCGCUCGCGCUGGCCGCCAGGUCUUCGGACAACCGCAGCUCGACGCUGGACGAUGACCUGCUGAACGGACUCGCGAGGCACGGCUCGACAGCCGCGGUGCGCUCGUGCUUCAACAGCGUCAUGCUCGCGGGCGGCUUUGGAGACGACGACGACAUCGGCCUCACACGCUGGAGAGACUCGGUGCUCACGGAGGAGUCGGACGACUCCGGGGUGCCCCACUGCAGCCGAGCGCUGGCCACCGAGGCGGGCGAGGCCAAGCUUAUCGACGCGUCGUCGUUAGAGAUUACCAGGGCGCACGUGCAGGAUCGAGGUGUCCGUAUCGCGAAUGCGCAGAUCGAGUGCGUCGCCGUGAAGCUCCAUCGCGGCUGGCACACCAAGCUGGGCUUCAGCCUGCGCGACUGCGAUCCUGACGCCCGCGACACGCCGAAUGCACCUGUCGUCAAGGCCGUCUACGCGGGGAGCCUGGCCUCGAGAGAUGGGCGCAUCCGGCCCGGCGACUUCCUCGUCCAGGUGAACGGUUGCGACUUCAUCGGAUGCUGCGCCAAAGACACCGUGGACUAUAUAAGGAAGUGCAGUGGCACGCUUCAGCUACUCUUUGUCAGGGUGCACAAAUCGGACUUCGCACCUGACCAGCAUUGAAAAAGGCGCAAGAAGAACGCACCAGGCCCCUUCGCCCUCUCCUAUACACCCAUUUCCUUGUUACCCACAUAUUUAUAAACAUGUUACUGAAA